GACGUUGACUUCUUUCACCGCGGUAUCGUGAUAGUACAACGCGCAUAGGAGUUCCCACUUUAGGAUCUGAAAAAUGUGGCGGCGAGAGGCAAAAUCCUCGUUAGGCUUCUGACCAGAACAUAUGGGGGGUUGAAAACAUUCUAGUUGCGAUGUUUCAUUAUCCGUACGGUGCUAAUCCAUACCAGCGUUGAAAAAAAAAGAGAAAUGAUACGGUAAUUUCUCGCGUAGCCCAACGAAGAAAACCUCAAAAAUCAUCAUGGAGUUUAUUAAAAUAUGUUCUGGACAUAACUGAGGACGAAAAAUGGGGCAUAGUAAUUUAAUGGAAAUCCUGCGCGCCGUAAUAUCCUGAAAUUCGAUCUUUCAAUGUCAAAUGUUCCGGUAUCCAAUGAAUCAUCCGGCCGACAGAAUUAACCCUGGUCACAACUGACAUGACAGAUCCAAAAUACCAGAAAGAUGUCAAACCUCGUGGAUCAGCUGAUUCAGAAGCCAAAGGUAACCAGUUUGACGUGCCCAAAAGUGAAAGGGAAAAUAAUGACUACGGAUCUGUCAUCCUUGAUUCGAAUACGACCCUUCUCAAAACUAACAAAAAUUAUUCCGGAAAACACGCCCCGAACAACCCUUCCGUGAGCACCUGGAAAAGAGCCUCUGACGCAAUAGUUACGUUAUUGAGGGGUAACCAGCGAACAAGUUUCAUACAUUCUAAAAAAGAUGAUCAAUCUCUUCCGCGAGAUAAGUCCGACAGCGAUAAAUCCCCUCACCUUCGAAGAAUACAAGAUCCCAAAAAUCCCAGCCGUGACCCAAGAAACCCUAAUCGACCAGAAAAACUUGCCCAUCAUCAGCGGAGACCACCUGAUUUAGAAAGCCUCAGCGAUACUGACAGUUCUUUAAUUUCUGAAUCGGGCUUUAACUCUGCAGAGGCAAAAAGAUCUCUGGAUUUGAAAACCCCGGAUGCGAUUCCUGGUGAAUCUUUCACCGCGUCAACGGGUUACGAAAGAAAUUCAGAUUCCGCAACGAAUGGAACCCAGGGGGAAAAUUCCGUCGUCGAAGUCGUUGAUGGAGAGAGUCCGAGAGGUGACAUUGAAACGUUCAAACUUUCUCACCCUAAGACGAGCGAUGUUGAGUACAAAGAGCGGACGACAACCGCGGAAAUUCUCAUGUACUACAAUUCACAACUAGAGCGUGCAGACUUGAACAGCAUUUUCAAUAAAUCAGACCCGAAAUUGGAGUUGAAACCUGAAAACAAUCUGCUUCCAAUGGUCCUCGUAAACGCCGCUGGAACGGCGAGCAUCGGAGGUCAACCGGAACCUGAAAAAUGUACCACUCCUCAUCUUGAUAAGUCUGAUAGAUUACCAGAUCCAAGUUCCAAGUCGAUGAGACAACUUUAUAGCAUGUCCGACUCGUGGAGCACCGAUUCAAUCAUAAGUCACUCUGAUAGUUGUCCUUGCUGUCACCAUCACUCACGAUAAUAAGCCUUACGCUUGAACUGCGGCAAAAUACAUUCUCAUAGGCGCCAGGGGUCAGCGGAAUUUUAAUACUGUUAUUACAAAUAUUAACAACUGUAAAUAAUUGAUCCAGUAAACGAAUCCCCGACUAUUAUUAUCUAUAAAUUAUUCCUCUUUUACACAAUAAAUCUAAUAGUCGUUCGUAUGCGCUCUCCAUCAGUGAACCGACUAGCCAGCCCAAAACAUAUUUCAGAACUACUAGAUAUAUAAGUAUAAUUGUAUCUUUCGGCUAUGAGCAAAAUGCAAUGUAUAAUGGAGAGGUAAGCGUUUCAGAACUGAACCUGACAAAUUUGUUAAACCCAAUCAAAAAGCGCUUAGAGGCACAACCCUAUUUCAAUAUAUACCUUAUUGAUGUAGUAAACGUAACUCACAUCAUCAAUACCGUACACGAUACGUGCGCAUAUUAUUGUAGCAGCGAAAUAAGUCACGUCCAGUCUAUGAAUAAUCCUUCGAAACGUGCCUAUAUCUCAUUUAGAAUAUAUAGCUAAAAUAUUUUCAUUCAU